UUUCAAAUUUAUCGAUUUUAAAGUGUUUUCAGCGAUAUUUUGAUGGUACCUUGGCUGCCAUUUUGAAUAUAUAGUUGGCAUAGUUGUAAAUGAUUUCGGACAUUGAGACUGUAAACACACUUGUCCUUUGGGGUAUACUUUAAACAGAACCAAAGUUAUGGCAACUUAACCUAAAUUAAUAUUUAACCUAUAAAUUUGACGUUUGUUAAAAACAAGGUAAUUUAUCUUACAAUUGUUCAUAAAUAUUCGAAUAAUAUUAAACAAUUUCCUUACAUUAUAAAAAAUGAAUAAUACCAAAUUAACAGUACUAUUUGAAGGAUAUUCAGAUUUGGUAGAAAAUGGUAUGAAUGCAAAUAGUUCAUGCACUUUGUUGACUGGACAAAAAAACGUAAUAAUUGAUACUAUGACUGCUUGGGAUGGCGAAAAAUUAAUAGUGCGAUUAAAAGAAUUAAAUUUAAGCUGUAGUGAUAUUGAUUAUGUAGUCUGCACUCAUGGACAUUCUGAUCACAUAGGUUGCAACUAUUUAUUUUUAAAUGCUACUCAUAUUGUUGGUUUUUCUGUCUCACAUAAAGACUUUUACCAUAAUGUUGAUUUUAAUACUCAACUAGAAUAUAAAUUAGGCGAAUAUGUGAAAGUAGUACCUACACCAGGGCAUACACUUCAAGAUGUAAGUGUUAUUGCAAAAGUGCCUGAUUUAGGGACUGUUGCAAUAACUGGAGAUUUAUUUGAAAAUGAAAAUGAUCUUAAUGAUGAAUCCAUUUGGAUUUCUGCUGGGAGUGAUUCUCAGGAACUUCAAAGGAAAAAUAGAAACUUUAUUUUGUCUUUGGCUGAUUGGAUAGUACCUGGGCAUGGUCCAAUGUUUAAAGUUAAAAAUGUUAAUGAAUUAAAUAUAAAAUAAACUGACUUGCAUAUUUCUAAUUUUUGUUAACUGAUUGAUGAACAGUAAG